AUCCGAGCUACAUCAACUAUAUAGAUCUAGAACGGGAAAUUACGGGAUAUGAGGCAGUUGCUAAGUAACAUAACAAAAGAAUAAUGGAUUGCCAGGGAUUCUGUGGUAGCGCUGCAAGUCGCGAAGAUAGCCGGAUCAGGUUUGUAGAAUCUCCACGCAGUCCCUUCAGAAGAUCAAGAAGAAGCCUUUCUCACUUUGAUCAAUCACUUCUCGCUGAGAAACGAAGUGUAGGCAGUUUGACUAAAGUGAAUACUCAAGUGAGAUAUGAAGGUUUGUUAGCCAGCACUUCAAUGGAACCACUUAUAUCAGAAAGAGAUAUUUGUUCCAAAAUGUUUCAGAUUUCAAAUACAACCACAAAAAAGGAAAAUGAUAUGGCAACUGGUACUGACAACACUUUUUCAAGAGAAGCCACUCUCAUUGAGCUAGCUUAUUUUCCUGGUUAUUUUUCUCAUCAAGUUACUCCUCUCCCUCAUGGUUUGCAUUCUCUUCAACACAUGCAAAUGAUAACAAAAGGUCAAAAGUUUUUGUUUAACAAGCAUGGUUUCCUACUUUACUGGGAAAAAAAUUUCUACUCGAUACCUUCUCAAAACAUCAUGCAUGAUGUCUUCUGGUGGUUCUUUCUUCAUUAUUAUCAGCCAAACCAACCAAUACAAAAUCUACUUUUUACACGUGUUGCAGAAAACUAUGUUUUAUUACUAUCAAACAUGGCUCCUAGCCACUAUCAUGACAUAUUUUUUGAAUAUUACCCAGAAGUGCUGGUUCAGUCUGUAUACAGCAUUUAUGUUUAUUGUUUUCCUAAUUCUUGGAGCAGCUUUGAUGAGUCAUUUAAAAGUGAUCUAUGCAAUACAAUAUUUUUGUGGUUCACAGGAACACAAAGAAGACCAGGGAAAUGGAAAGAAUGGAACUUUGAAAAUUUGGAGCCUCAUGAUUUAAUAAAAUACAUCAAAACCAAUGAUCAAACAAAUGCUUUAAAACACAAAAGUUUUAAUAUAGACCAACUUAUUGAAGAAGCAAGAACAGAAGCAAAACCUAUGCACCUUCCCAAGCAGCACAAAAACUCUAUUCAUUCCCAAAUGCAAACUGCAAUACAAGGGUUUAAUUUUGGUCACGCUGUUAUGGACAUUAAGUGCAGCAGCCCUUUGGUUUCCCACUUUCUAAGGAAUCAAGGGGCUUUUCCUUUAGCUGGAUGCUCUCUUCUACUUCAGCAUGUCGUUUUUCAUAAACAGCCGGAUAAAGAAUGCACAACUUUCUCAGAAGUAAUAAGUAAAUCAAAAGAGCAUGACAAAAUGGUCCACUCUGAGUUUGACAAGUGUUACAACAUUUUAAGGGCACAUAUGAAGAAACAUCAGAGAGAAAGAAAAAUACUAUCACAGGAACACAAAAUGCACACAACUCUACUUCUGUCUCAUCGUCAAGAAAUUAGAAGACUCAGUAACAACUUAGCAUUUAACAUACUCGGUACACAAUCUGAUAAAUCACGUAAAGACAAAAUUUCGUCUGCUAUCAAAGAUUCAAUUCUAAGGCUAUCAUGAUAAUAGACAAACGUACUGUUACAAUAGUAUAUACUACUUAAUGUCCAUUUUUAGUUUCAAUAGCUUAACAGCAUCACUGCAUGAAAAUAUUUUCUCUGCUUCUUCAUCUGAUAUCUCAACACCUA